UUUACUCAGUGAAUUAUACAAAUACUAUCUAUCUCGGCUUAUGUGGAUUAUAAAUCGCUAGACAGUCGCCCGAGUCCAAGCAGCAUAAUACUCUCGCUCUUACCCCGCCAGAUCCACACCAAAUCACUCAAACCGAGAAACACUAUUUCACGUGUUUAAUCAUCUUCCCUACGACCUGCUUUCAAUCAGGAUGACACCCGAACAAUUCCAAUCUACAUGGGAUAAAGUUUUUAUCGGAAACCCAAACGAGGCUCGCUCAUUCUGUGAAGAGGUAUUCAACCCCAACUAUGUGCGCCUGGAAGCUGGCAGGGACCGAACGGACUUUGAGCGCGCUGUCGAGAAAGUCACUCUCUUCCGCCAAAACUGCAAAAAGUUCAACAGUUCCUUGCCCUUCUUUGCUCAAGACAAUAAGAAGAUUGCUGCGCGGGUGAUUUGUGAUUUUAAAAUGGGUGAUGAACCAGAGCAAAAGCUUGAGGUCAUGAUCAUGAUUGAGCUUGAUGACGAGGAGAAGUGGGUGGCUGCCUGGGAACAGUUCAGUCCGUUUUCGGGAUGAUUCCUGCAGUCGAGCUGAAUCGGAUGAAUAUUGUUCUUAUAGGGGCGUGAACUUGAAGCAGAUGCAUGCUCAGUAUGUUCUACAGGAUUUUCAGUAAUUACUAAGAUUCUCAUGGCGCUAAUAUAAGC